GUUUAGGGUUUCCCUUGAACACGCUGGCAGUCAUUCUGGAGGGAAGUGGAGAGACUCUGGACUCCCCACUCUUCUUGUUGUUCCUGAAGACAAACUAGCCGCCAUUAUUAGUGUUGGGGAUUGCAGUUCACAGGGGAGAGAAGGACCGAUCGGCACUCUCUGGAGAAGAAGAGCACAAAUGGUUUCUUUAGCUAAUAGAUAAUUACAGUCAGAUCUGCCAGUGAGCCUCCGGCCUUGAAAACUGACAAGAGCGUCUGAAAACCACGUCCAGCUCUCCAAUGGCCAGCAACAACACCGCCAGCAUAGCACAAGCCAGGAAGCUCGUAGAGCAGCUGAAGAUGGAGGCCAACAUCGACAGGAUAAAGGUGUCCAAGGCGGCUGCGGACUUGAUGGCCUACUGUGAGGCACAUGCCAAGGAAGACCCCCUGCUGACCCCAGUCCCAGCCUCAGAAAAUCCCUUUCGGGAGAAGAAGUUCUUCUGCGCUAUCCUUUAAGUCUCUGAGAGGAGGCUGAAGAGCGCCGGGGCUCCUGGGACAUUGGUGUAGAGUUCCUAACAAAGUGGGCGCCUUUCUCGUCCGCAGCAUUUAAAGAGAGGAAGGAGAACCAUCCUGGACACUCCGGGCUGUGCAUGUUUAACAAACUGUCCCCUUAUGAGAAUGGAAGCUGAUUCCAUGUCCCAACUUUAGAGAUCUGACCCAGCAGACCUGCCUGGAGGAGGGGAAUGUAUAAAAAAAAAAAAAAAAAAAAUCGGUGUCACUUCUUUUCUGCUAUCCCUCUAAAACCUUACAUUUCUGCUUCAUAUUUAAAAACAAAAUAAACAUUAAAGCCGGUGUCCUGAGCUGAGAUAUGGCUGACCUUCUGGGAAGGAGAAUUGUCUUUCAAACACCCUCUGCUAAGCUGUAGUCCCAUGUAGCCACAGUUCUGUUGAAUGACAUCCAUGUUUAGUCCUUCGUGCCUUUUUCUUUCCCUUCCCUUUCUCUUUCUGUACCCCUCCCUGUUAGUGUACUGUGGAGAUAAGGCUGGGUUUGUGUGUUACCCUGAACGCUAAGGAUGAGUGAAUAGCUGAGACGCUUAGAAAGAUGUUCCCUAUGGUAUUUCUUCACAAGAAUAAAAAAAAAAAGAAAGAACACACACACAUACACCACACACACCACACACACUCACACAAUGCCGGCUAUCUGUGUUCUCUUACCACUCUUCUUAAUAUUUGUAUAUGAUAGUUUUGAUUCUGCAAGUAAAAGUAAACCAUGUGUUGUGACUGGUGCUUUCAUGUCUUUGUGAUAGUUUUUGAGUAAUACUGCAUGAAAAUGUCCCCAUGUUGCAUCCAUUCAGAAGUUUUGUUGUUCAGCUGGAAAGCUAAGAAGAGAAGUGAGAGAGAAAAAGAUGCUUGAGAGGGGGGAACGUCCUCUGUAUUUUGAAAAUGGAGAUCACUUCAGAGCCUUAGUCAUCCUGAAAUACCUCCUAGUUAACUGUGGUGUAAGCGCCUAGAGACAGGUUUUCCCCAAUCCACAGCGUUUGGGCAGCACAGUUACCCCAUACUGGAGACCGGGCAGGGAUCCACCAUGACUUAGGAAGGCACUGUCAGAAUAGCAACACGUUCCCACUUUCCAGGAACCGUGGAAAUCAUAGGCAAAAGAACAGUGUCCGUGUUCAACACUAGAAACCUAUGGCCCUCUUUAGCUCAAGCAUCAGAAGAAAUAAACCCCCAGCUUCCAAGAAGGUGGCCACCCCCAGAACACCAGCUGUUGGAGAGACAAGUCCCCCAGGCACACUGAGCAGCCCCCGCAGCUGGCUCUUCUUCCCAACGACAUGGUCCUCAUUUUUCACUCCCCCAAAAGUUCGAAGCAAUCAUUGCUUUGUGCCCUGUUUGCCAGAGCCUCUCUGCCCUAUUUACAGCUUCCUUUGGCUAGCACUCUCUUCCCACAAUAAAACACUGAGAGCGGUUUUUUGGUUUGGUUUGGUUGGGGGGGGGGUUGUUGUUGUUUUGUUUUUUUGUUUUUUGGGUGUUUUUUUCUUGGUGGUGUUUUUUUUGUUUUGUUUUGUUUGGGGUGGUGUUUGUUUUGUUUUGUUGUUUUGUUUUGUUUGGGGUGGUGUUUGUUUUGUUUUGUUGUUUUGUUUUGUUUGGGGUGGUGUUUGUUUUGUUUUGUUGUUUUGUUUUGUUUGGGGUGGUGUUUGUUUUGUUUUGUUGUUUUGUUUUGUUCACUCCAGUUGUAACCUCCAUCGGUAAUGAAAGGCCCUGGGAGACUCCACACGCUUUCUAUGGUCUUCCCAGUCAAAGAGGGCCUCCUGUACAUCCUGUUUGUUACCAAAUCCUAAAAGACCACUACAGCCAAGUUAACUGUACUUUCUUCUCCUACCAUCCUCUUCCUCAUUUUUAAAAAGCAUGUGUGGGGGCAGUGGGGUGGGUACCUGGAGGGAAGAGAAGAUAAAAAAGAUUUCCUAUUUAUAGCAAGGACCCAUUUUGAAAUAGAUUUGGUAAAUAUUUUUCUUAACUCUUUUAUGGGUUUUCAGGUAAAGGAAUAAAUAUGUCCGAUUAAAAUUUAUGCCUGAGGUGGGAAGAUGAGGAUACCAGAACAUGUCUCAGUGCAUGAAUGCGAUUUUGUAACCAGGAACUCUCUUCCGGUCAGAUCUUGGGGGUUUGUUAUUGUCGGUGGGGCACUCAGGAAGAGUUAGUGGUUGAAAUAAAAAGCUGUGAGUCUUUACAGAACUCUGCUGUUGUACGGUUGAGAGUACUGUGGAAUCAGCUAAAAGUGUCACACAUUUAAAGUGAGCUGAAACGUGAAUAUGUGUUCACACGUCAGCUAGGGGCACUCUUUGCUGGCAAGUGGCAUCACUAGAAGGAUUCUGGACUUCUGUGCAAAUUUAGACCUCUGAAGCAAUUAAAGUGGAAUCACAAUCUUCAAAGCACACCCUGUACAGGUCUAACAAUCAAAAAUUAAGGAUUUAUGAAUUACUCAUGAGCAUACUUAAGAAUGAGAAGGCAAAAAAUGCAUUCCCCAUCUGAAAGGAAGUUUCAGGAAAAUAUCUUGUCUCUUUCACAAUUUCAUAUCCUUUGGUAUGGAGCUAUAAUCAGAAUCAGUUUUGACUUAUUGAUGUUUGUAUUUAUUAAAGGGGAAAAAAGGUUUUGUUUACUAGGGUCUCCAAAGAGCUUAAGUCUUUCGGAAUGUCAACUAUCAUUUUCAUCAGCAUAAUUUUAUCUUAGAGUAGCUAAUAGGAAACUUCAGCUUAGUUAUUUAGGGCCCUCAUUUCUAUAUGCCUGGAUAAUAAUUAAAAUCUGCCAUGGAAUUAGGAAAUAAUAAAUGUCAUACUUAUAAUGCAAUGUCUGUUAAAUGCAAUGUCUGUUAAAAUACUUGAACCAUUUUCAAUACCAACUCGAAUUUAAGAUGUUUUUCAAUUUGAAAGCAAGUAAGAUAUAAUUUAAAUCAUCAUGAGAUUUUAAAAAAUUAAUCAUAUUUUCCCUCAUAUGCUUGUAUUCACAUAAUGAAUUUUGAGUAAAUCAAGCCAAUGGUCUUUAGGAGAUUUUUAUACUUUUUUCUUUUUCCUUAGUGUUUGUUUCUAGCUGCUCCUGGAAAUGAUGGAUAUUAUGUGUAUAUUACUGUCUCAAAGCCCAACAAUUGUUCAGAUCUCCACACUUCCUGUAUAAGAUCUCUGGAAUGUGUCUUUAAAUAGAAGGUAACAGAAACAUUGGGUAGAGAGGGGGGGCUUGUAGCGUUUUGGGUUGGGUUUUUUUUUUUCUUCCAGUUUUUCAAGACAGGGUCUCACUAUGUAGCUCUGGCUGUCCUGGAACUUGUUCUGUAGACCAGGCUGGCCUCGAACUCAGAGAUCCCCUGCCUCUGAUUCUCGAGUGCUGGGAUUAAAGGUGCAAGCCACCAUGCCCAGCUUAGAAAUGUUAAAGCAGGAGAACCUGAAUGUAGUGUGCACAUCUUUAUCCCACAUGAACCGUGUAUUUGUUAUAAUAAAUGGAAUUUUCAGAUUCA